UAGCUCUGGCAGGACCCACAACAGGAGGACAAACAUAGUCCAAAACCUGAACCACGUACCCUCCUUCCACCCACGGUUUGCGUAGGGCCCACGAGCAAAACAAACUUAUUUUGAACACUGGGCUUAGAGCAUGCUGACAAUCAUUAACCUCGGGGUCCCAGGGGCUGGGGCUUUAUAAGGGGCCAGCCUCACCCCACAGGCAUCGCCUGCAGCCUCCGCUAGCGACCAGCCAGCAUCAGACCCUGAGCUCAGCUGCCUAUCUGUGAGCAUCCACCUCUGCACCUUCGACACCUGCGCCCAGCACUGACCACAUCCAGUGAGAGCCAUCUACUGCUCUGCAAUGCCUGAAGUCUCAGCCCACGGCCCUGGGCCGCUCCUGCUCCUGCUAGUUAUCCAGGUUGCUGUGGUGGCUGGUGCACCCCAACCAUGGCACUGUGCGCCCUGCUCCGCUGAGCGCCUGGCACUCUGCCCACCAGUGCCUGCCUCAUGCCAGGAGGUCUCCCGUCCCGCAGGCUGUGGCUGCUGCCCUGUGUGUGCCCUGCCACUCGGCGCCUCCUGUGGCGUGGCCACUGCACGUUGUGCCCAGGGACUCAGCUGCCGUGCACAGCCCGGGGAGCCCCGGCCACUGCAGGCCCUCACCCGCGGCCAGGGCAUCUGUGUGAAGGAGCCCGCUGUGUCCACCUCAGGGACUGUGUCCAGCACCAAGGGGGAAGAGGCCAAGGUCCCCCUGGCCCCCCAGCAGGAGCACCCCGAGAGUGGGGAGAUGACAGAGGAGCAGCUGCUGGAGAGUUUCCACCUGAUGGCCCCCUCACGGGAGGACCUGCCCAUCCUCUGGAACGCCAUCAGCACCUAUGACAGCAUGCGGGCCCACGGUGUCACAGACAUCAAAAAGUGGAAGCCGUGCCAGCGAGAGCUCUACAGAGUGCUGGAGAGACUAGCCAAUGGGCAACAGCAGGCCGGGGAGGAAAUCUACAAAUUUUAUCUGCCUAACUGCAACAAGAAUGGAUUCUAUCACAGCAAACAGUGCGAGACCUCCCUGGACGGCGAGGCGGGGCUGUGCUGGUGCGUCUACCCCUGGAGUGGGAAGAGGAUCCCAGGGUCUCCAGAGACCAGAGGGGACCCCAACUGCCAGCUGUAUUUUAACUUACAAAACCGAAAAUAGAUGCACUCUCUGUCCUUUUAUGUGAAAUAUUUAAGUCCACACUAUAUUUAUACUCUAGAGCACACGCAUUUUUAUAUGUGCAUAUGUACAUAGACAGGAACUAGUUUUUAUACUUCACACAUGACUUGAUUAUAAAGCUGGUUUAUAUUUAUUCACUGUAAGUUUAUUUUUUUCUACACAGUAACUUGUGCUAUAGUAAUUUAUACCUCACAAAACACUUCUUAUUCUCACUUCCUGUGUAAAUACUUGUAUUUCUGCCCAUUCAAAGCUCUCUUGUUUUUCAAGAGCAUGUAUCGAUGCCGCCCAGAAAAUGAACAAGCCAGUGCAAGGCAGUGAUUUUAUUUUUGAUAUUUACUGGUGAUGAACCUAUAUUUAAGAGAGAUUUGCUCUGUGGUUCCCACAGACCCUUGUCUGGUGGAAGUUGGCGGGGAAAGUUAGAGUAACAAUGUCUAUGUGUGAUCAGUGUGGGCUGGAGAGAAGCCACGCCGGCGUCCCGUGAAGCACUGCGCGGGGUGGAAAUGUGUUUGGAAUAAACCUGCCCGUGGGCUGCGCAACGCGUCA